UCAAGACUAAGAAGUAAAGUAAGGCCAUGUGCCUCAGACGGGGACAUUACUCGAACUAGUGCCUUACUAGCGUAAGCUCGAGCUUUUACUCACGUUUCAUACUUAUCUUUUAAGUUCGUGUAAACACUAACGCAUUAAUAGUUAAUAUUUUGCUUUUUCUAAAGUACAGACUUUAUUAUUGCUUUAAUGUGUUGAUCUUUAGUGAAUUUUUUAGUGUUAUUUUAUAAAUUCAAUAAAGUGCAGUGAUUGAAUUUUACAAGUGAUAAAUUAUUUGAAGGAAAAAAUAUUAUUUUUUACCGUGAAAUGAUGACCCUGAUGACAGACGUCGGGGGUUAUGCGUACGACAGUCGGGCUUCUUAUGACGGAUACCACUCGCACCGCAGGCAUUUUUACAACAAUCCGGACAAUGAGUUCUUGCAGGGCUACGUACCUGUCAGAAAUGAUGACCGUAAUAGUCACCAUACGAGGACAAGAAGUGCCGACAGUUCAACCUCUCCAGAAAGUGUUUCUUCUGGCCACUAUCGACCUCAGUUUCGUUACAUACCAGACUCCGACGAUGCCUCGUCAGUGGUGUCAGCCGAUGCGUCAGCAGAUCCCGAAUCGGCUUCGGCAGAUGGCGAUGAAACUAACGAAAGUGAGCAGGGUAUUGAACAUGUACCACAUCCCCAUGUAUUAGACGCGACUUCACCCCACGGCGCCCGGAGAUGUCUUCUGUGGGCGUGUAAGGCUUGUAAGAAAAAAACUGUUACUGUUGACAGGAGGAGAGCCGCCACAUUACGCGAGAGAAGGCGCUUGAGAAAGGUUAAUGAAGCUUUUGAAGUGCUAAAAAGACGUACAAGUAACAAUCCAAACCAGCGACUACCUAAAGUUGAAAUAUUAAGAAACGCGAUUGAAUACAUCGAAAGCUUAGAAGCUCUCCUUCAAGGAAACCGGCCAUCAGGAAACUCGGCGAGUCACGUUGCUACGGAUAAUAUGAGUGCCGACUCAACGCAAUAUGUGACAGACAGACUUCGACAAUUCUCAGACCCAUUAGCAAGGUUUCAACCCAUCAAUGGUUUCGAGCAAACAGACACAACAGUUACUUCAAAUACUGGAAGUAGUUUGGAUUGCCUCAGCAUGAUCGUGCAGAGCAUCAGCGGAGAAGGCAACGAAAGUAAUUUUUCGCCACAUUAAUAGAGGUCAAGUAUUAUUUUUAAACUACUAUUAAAAAUCACUAUGUUUAUAGUUAAUAUACAUACUACCGGAACCAAAAAAUUGUAUAGAAAAAUGCUUAGAAAAUAGUGAAUAAUUUUAUAAUAUUUAUAUGACCAAAUUAAAAUAUUCUUUUUACUAAGAAAUUUUA